AUGGUCGGACCCAGAGAGGUUGUGGCCCACUCGGGACCUGACCCACGGGACCCAUUCCUGAGGCUGGCCUCAGCACUCCCUGAACGGGAUGGAAGUGGCGUUCGGCCUGAGGACUCAGAGAGGGUGGGACUUUGUGGCAGCGCACUGGCGGGGCCUCAGCCGCGUUCCAACCGAGCUAGACGGGACUGCCCUCUAGUGGGGAGUGCUCGGCUAGUCGCGAGUCCAGCGGCGACACGCGACCAUCGGCAUUCCCUCUGCCGGUACCAGGUCAUCCUGGUGCUGCUCAGGCUCCUCGUGUUCCUCUUUGCUCUGGUGGUCUCUGGUGAGGAGGUGCUGUGUGGCCCCGUGGCAUGGUCAGGCCCUGUAGCAAAAGGACAGGACUAUGCUAGUAUAUGUGGUUCCAUCAGCCUGGGGGCCUCCAACCUGAAUUCUCUGCUCUUCACAGAUCUCUGCAGGUUUAUAAAUGUCUCUGAGAAACAGGGCCCUGGCACAAUCCUUCAGUUUUUCUCCUUCAACUGCUCCUCCUACACGCCCACACCCACCCUGGAGUUGCUCAAUGUCCAGCCACCCACCACCUUCUUCAACCCACCCAGCUUGGCCAGGUGGCAAGGGACCUAUGUGGGCAAGUUGACCUUGAGCAGCUCUGCUCGGUUGGAUGCCCUUAUGGUGAACCACUACAAGCUGCAGCUGAAGUUCACAUGUGGCAACCAUGUGACGGAGGGAUCACUCUCUGUGAAUGUGCAUCGGGACCUUAGCCAUAUCCAGUGUGCUGGUCAAUUUGCCAGCCCAGCUGCGGAAAUGAUUCAGGUGCCAGAGACAGUCACACCUGGGGCUCGGCUGUACGCUCUGCUCCUCCCAGACUUAGAACUCCACAGAGCCCAGUUGAGCAUUAUCAGUGCCCAGGACCUGCCACACUUCCCUGUACCUUUCUCCAUCAAUGAGCAAGGUUGGCUGCAGGCACCAUCCCAGGGCCUCCUAGGCCAGGCUCGAAAGGUGAGCAUGACCUGGAAUCUGGGAGUGUCCAUGGAUUGGGUAGAGCUCCUAUCUUUUAGAAAUUUGUUUAUUCUUGGCCUCCUUGGCCUACCUUUUCACCUUCCUAUUUGGGGGCCUGGUCUUGGAGAAGGCAGCAGGAGGGCCAGGCUCAGCGGCCUCCUUUGCCUAUGGAUCUGGUGGGCUGGUGGGAGUGGGACUGAGCUGGGAGCGGGGCUGAUCUCUGUGUUCCCUGACCCUCUCACCCCAUGCAGCAGACAGUGUGGUCCAGACCACGAUGCCCUGGAGUUAGCUCACACCCCAGGCACUUCGGUUUCCAGGCUGCAGGUGAAGUCCUUUGAGCAGCACCAGCUGUGGGCCAGUGCCAAGCUCAAGCUCACCAUGAAUGUGCGGCUGGUCAACCUCUGACCUCCACGCUGCCUCCCAGUGCUUCUGGUGUCCCAAAUCCCCGAGGCUGCACCUGUGGGUGCCGUGCUGAAUAUUCUCACUUGUGAAGAUCUGGACUCUGUUGACGCCACCCUGGACUACAAGCUGUGGUUCCGCAGCUCUUCCAACCCUGCCAGCCUCUGCCUUUAUGACAGAGUCCUUGAGGUGAAUGCCACACUGGACUGUGACACUCCUGGAACCUGCUUCCAGCAUGCAGUCUCCAUCCUGGUGCUCGAUUGUGGCCAGCCCCAGAUGACCAGGGAAGUUUACCUCCUGGAACCUUUGGACUAUGAGCAGCAGAGGCUGUACAGGCUCACUGUCCUGCUGAUUGACCAUGGCCAAGAACAGAACCCCAACUAUCACCGCUCAGGCUCCUGUACCAUUACCAUCAAGGUUGAGGAUGUGAAUGACCAUGCCCCCGAAUGUGAGCCCCCAUUUCAGGAACUCACCAUCUAUGCUCCUCUGGGCUGUAGUGUGGAGGUGACCAAGGUGUCAUGCCGGAUCCCUCAGGAGCCACAGCACCUGACCUAUUCCUAUAGCAUUGUUUCAGGGAAUAGCCAGAACUGAUUCAUCCUGCAAGAGGCCAUCCUGGUACACAGUGACCUUGUGUUGGGGCCCUUCUGGCCACAGCAGCCCUGUACCUAUGAUCUACUGAUCUGUGUGGCCGAUGCAGGCCGCUCCACCCCUGACCUCAGCACCACAGCCACCAUUAUUGUGCACCUAGUUCACCGGAGGGCCAGCACAGUGGCCACCAGCACCCACAGAACCACAGUGCCCUCAAUGAUGACACCCAUGCUCGUGACAGACACAGAGGCUUUCUGGCAACCACAGCCCUGGUUUGUGGUGGUGUUGACAGCAACUGGUGCUCUUCUCCUCUUGGCCCGAGACUGGCUUCUUGGCAGGCUCCUCCAGGGGUUGGCCCGGCUGCUGCAGGCACCCAGCAAACCAGCCCAGGCUUUGCUGCUAAACAGCAUCCAGGGAACUGAGGGAUACAUCGAGGGAUUCAUGGAGGCACCGAAGAUGGAAAUGUCCCAGGCACCCAGCAGCAUCAUGAGUCUGCAUUUUGAUGGCAGAGCACAGGACUCCCGUGAUACAGGAAGAGACUACCUGUUUAACACACGCACAGGAGCCUGGCGCUGGCUCUGAGGCCAGGUAGCUGCUUUACCAUGUGUGGAAUUUCUUUUUCACACCAUCAUGGGCUGUGUUUUCAAGCUGAUUCAUAAUAAACAAAAUUACAAAUA